GCCACAAUGCGUGUCUGUUCAGCUCUCAGGAUGGAGAGUGAGCUGAGUCACUCGUGAACUGCUCUCCUCCCCUUCUCGCACUCUACGAUGAUGGUCCAGCUCCACAAUCGCCAGUACCCUCACCUCCUUCGCCAUGCCGACAAGCUGCGGCAGUCGGGCGUGCUGUGCGACACUGUGGUGGUGGUGGAUGGCCAGGCCUUCCAGGCCCACGGCGUGGUGCUGGCAUGCGCCAGCAAGAAGCUGGAGCAGCAGCUGAGGGAUGCAGAGGACGGGCCGCGUCGUCAGUGCACCAUCAGCAACCUCUCCCCCCGCACCUUCCAGCAGAUCCUUGACUACGCCUACAGGGAGACCCUGGAGGUCUGUGCCGGAGACCUCCGGGAGCUCCUGAGGGCAGCUGAGCUUCUGGAGAUGCGGCCGCUGGAGGAGCAGUGUCUCGAGCAGCUAAAGAUGGUAACAGGCGCCGGCCAGGUCCCGGAAGCCCCGGGAGUGGCCAGCGCAGGAGGGGAGGCACCGUCCUCGGAGGGGUCCCCGAGAGUCGCGUCCCUGGAGGAGCACUCCGACGUCGAGGUUGUGGAGGCAUCUCCGUGCACGUCCCCUGGCGGUGAAAAAAAAACGAAGCCAGAUGAUGUUCCACCACAGGCGGCCCCGGCACCCCCCCGCGUCAGCGUGAUUGCCAGCGCCGCCACCUCGGUGCCCUCCAAACUCGGGUGGAGCUCGGUCACCCCGCAGGGAAUGGCCCACACCAGCACCGACUUCAUGGCCAUCCGCUCCUUCCAAUCUUCCCGCCCCCUGCUGGCUUACUCCAUACCCUACUCCGCCCCUGUGUGCUCCCUGUACCCCUCUCCAUCCAUGACACAAGUCCACGACUCCAUCCUGGGAUACGCGGGUCUAUUCCACCCCUUGCACCACGGCCUCCUUCCAGCGGCGCAGAAGCUGGGCGUAACCAUCAAGCAAGACCCUCUGGGGAAGAAGGCCUCGUUCGACGCAACACUGAUCGGCAAUGUGCCAGAGGAAGAGGAGAGGAAGCUACAAGGAAGCGCAGACCGGAUCUUCCGCUGCCUGCAUUGCCACAAGGAGUUCCUGGACAACCGAAGACUGCAAAUGCACGCCAUCAUUCCCUCACGUAAUCAUCCUGUGAGCUCUCUGCAGGCUCCGCGCUCUGACUUCAGCGCCGUUGUUGAAAAGCAUCAAGCCACCGAAAGUCCAAAAAGAGUCGACAAGCGCCUGCGUAAAGUCGCGCGGUGUUGCAACUCCACGCCGAGGCGCUUUGAUGAAGCAGAGCAGCAACGUAUUUGUAGUAAUCCCUCUCAUCUACUCUCUGCAGUCCCCUUGGAACCCCUCUUUUGUCCUUUCUGUGGCAAAAGCCAGGGAGCCCGAAGGGGAGCCCUGUCCCAGCAUGCUCGGAGGUGGGGUCACCUCUGCCCGAUCUGCAACCGGUCCUUUGCCAGCAACACUGCCCUGCGCCGGCAUCAGAGACUGCACACAGGCGAGGUGUCCUUUGGCUGCGAGUAUUGCGACCGCUGCUUCAGGGACGAGAGCUCCCUACGCUCUCACCGUCGGAUCCACAGCGGGGAGAAGCCCUACCAGUGUCAGCGCUGUCUGAAGAGAUUCAGCCUGAAGCACCAGCUGGACACCCAUUACAGGGUGCACACCGGUGAAAAGCCCUUUGAGUGCCGUCUCUGUGGCCAGCGCUCGCGGGACUACUCGGCCAUGAUUAAGCACCUGCGCACCCACGGCGGCGCUGCUCCCUACCAAUGCACCAUCUGCCUGGAGUACUGCAACAGCCUGGCCGCCAUGCAGAAGCACCUGAAGACCCACCCCCACCAGGACUUCCCCCCAGACUGGAGCAUCAACAGCACCUACCUGUACACCUCCCACAGCUGA